AUGAAGUGGAACAUACUCUCAUAUGCGGUAGCGGCCGCGAUUGUGGGCCACAGCGCUCUUGCUCUGGCCAACGAAGAAGGCUUGUUCCGGUUGGACUUCAACAUCAGACGAGGCAAUUCCAAGAGAGACUUGAUUGAAGAAUCGACAGAUGGUGCCUACUUUGUCAAACGUGACGGCUUCGUAGACAUGGAGUUGAAAAACGAAAGGACCUUCUACUUGACGACAUUGAAGAUUGGUUCCAACAAGGAUGAAAACGGAGUUCUUGUCGACACCGGUUCCUCCGACUUGUGGGUAAUGAGCCACGACUUAAAGUGUGACCAAGCUCCUCCCAGCAGCAAGAAGAGAGGAGUGAAUUUGGACCGUAGGCACAUCGAGGCUGGCUCUAGAAGUAUUCCCACCAAGUCCUCACCUAUCAAAGAUGCUGUAGAGAACAAGGCUUGGUGGAAUCCGUUUGGAAGUGGAGGUUCCACUGUAACAACCAUCAUAUCUCCUGGCUUUCAAACCGAUUCCUCAGGCGCUGGAAUUGGCCAAGAGGCACCUUCUAAUACAUGUACCCAAUACGGUUCGUUCAACACGGAGAACUCCGACACUUUCCAACGUAACAACUCUGCCAGUCCUUUCCAAAUUGAGUAUGCUGAUGGAACCAGUGCCGUUGGUAUCUGGGGCCACGACGACGUGAUAGUUGGUAACGUGACUGUGCACAGCAUGUCAUUUGCAAUAGCCAACGAAACCAGUUCCGACGUUGGUGUGUUGGGUAUUGGUUUGGCAGGUUUGGAAACUACAUUCUCAACCAGAGGAGGCGGUGGGUACACAUAUGAAAACUUGCCCAUCAAGAUGGUGAACCAGGGUCUUAUCAACAAGAACGUGUAUUCAUUGUACUUGGGAAAGGCUACAGAUAGUUCUGGUAACAUCUUAUUCGGUGCCAUUGACCAUGCAAAGUUCGAAGGAGAUUUGAUCACCGUGCCUAUCAUUAACUCUUAUGCUAGCGCUGGCUACACAGAGCCCAUAAGACUUGAGAUAAUCGUCAACAACAUGACGUUAAGCAGUAGCACUGACGAGGUAACCGUCACUUCUCGUUCAUACUCGGCUGUCUUGGACACGGGCUCUACCUUGAGUUACCUCCCUUCUGCGUUGUUCACCAGAGUGGGUGAAGCUCUUGGUGGUUCUUAUUCUUCAGCUAUCGGUGCAUAUCUUCUUCCAUGCACUAGCAGCAGCAAUAUUAAACUUACGCUCAACAUCGGUGGAAUGGAUAUCGAUGUGCCCUUGACAGAUUUAUUGUUGAGAGGCAGUUCCUCCAGCUCUUCCGUAUGCUACCUCGGCAUUCUCGAGCAGCUGCUGAGCUCAAGGUACAUGUUGUUGGGUGACAAUAUAUUGAGACAUGCCUACGUAGUUUACGACUUGGAAGACUUGGAAAUCUCUGUUGGCCAGGUAGUCUUCACCGAUGACGAGGACAUCGAAGUCAUCACAUCCACUGUACCAGGGGCUGUGAGGGCUGCUGAUUUCUCGUCCACUUCUGUGUCUCCUGGUGAGACUGAAACCUCCCUUACUGACCACAUCGUGGUUUCUGGCACUACUUCGAGAUCUACUUCUACUUCGACCGGCUCAUCUUCUGGCAAUAGGAAUUCAGGAUCUUUCUCGUUAUUAAGAGAAGCCAUUCCUUUGAAGUUUGUAGCAUUUGCCGUUUCUUUCGUUGCGCUCGUUGCCUUAGUAUAGUUGUCUCUUUUUUUUACAUACCAACAGUAUAGAACUACAAAAAAUAAUGCUGCACUUUAGAAAUGUAGCUCCAAAA